AUCAUCACAAAAUAUUGGAAUCUGGUAAUAAAUUCGGGAUCAGCACACACAGUGGAAGGUGUGACUGUGUGUGAAAAUUUAGUACCCGAAAAAAAAAAAGAAACAAAAAUGUCAGACGACGAUGAAGAAACGAGUACAGAGCCGGAAGAGCUGAGUCACAAGCAAAAACUAGAAAUUGCAAAAUGGUUCCUCAUCAAUUCUCCCCCUGGCGAAAUCCAAUACGUAGCCAAAGAUGUUAAAGCGGUUUUGAAAGAUGAAAAUGUAUAUGAAGCAGCGGCAGCGGAGGCAUUUCCUCUGUACAACAAAUCUCACAUGAUUUGCCUACAACUUCCUGACCGAAGUGGCGAUGUCAUGGUGACAUCGUUUAGUGAGAUUACUGAAGAUGAAUAUCUUGAUCCUAGGACUGCCCAAGUGGCUGUGGUUAACCAUGUUAAGCAAGCUUGCACGGAAGUUAGACCGGCAAGUGAUGAAGAACUUCCAUCUGCAUAUGUAGAGGAAUAUCGGUGCGCGGUGGAUGCAGAAAUUAGCAAGUACGUUGGCGAAGCUUAUCCGAAAGGUGUAUGCUCAGUCUACUCUACCAAAGGAAAGCAUGUGGAAGAACCUGGAUCUAAUUUUGAGCUUGUUGUGGUGGUUUUAGCUUCUAGACAUAGUCCUCAAAAUUUCUGCAAUGGAAGUUGGCGCUCAAUAUGGAAUGUUGUGUUCGAGGAUGAGCUACAAAUUGUGGAACUGAGAGGCAGAAUGGAGGUAGGGGCCCACUAUUUUGAAGAGGGAAAUGUCCAAUUAGAUGCAAAACAUGAAUGCAAGGAUUCAACUGCAUUUCAGUCACCUGAUGAUUGUGCUGCUUCUGUGAUGAAUAUAAUUCGCCAUCAUGAGACGGAGUACCUAAAUUCUCUUCAGACAUCUUAUUUGAAUCUGCCUGAUACAACUUUCAAGGACCUUCGAAGAAAGCUUCCAGUUACUCGGACACUAUUCCCGUGGCACAACACUAUGCAGUUCAGCUUGACCAGAGAUAUAUCAAAAGAACUUGGCAUUGGAAAAUAGGAUAUGGUAUAAUCGGCAUCUAUUUUUGAGAUUUCAUCCAGCAGUGUUUUUGCUCUGCGUAUGUAGAUCCAAAAAUUUUCGUCCGAGACUGCAUACAACAUUCUUUAUUCUGUUUUUACAACCUUUUCACCUUCUAAAAAUUUGAGAUUAUUGUGAGGAUUUAAGGAAAGGAGGGUGCGGGGGCAGAAAUGCUGAAGAGCUAAAUACCAGUUAUAGUUCCUUGAGCUGCAAUGCAAAUGCUGGAACCAGUCUGUUUGUUCUUCCUCUAAAAUUGAGUAUCUUUGUCACAUGGUGCUCGUAAAUUUUUCUGCCUGUGUCUGAUCGUACCUAAUUCCAAAUGAUGGUAGGCAUCUUGUUGCCUCGAGUUUGUUUA